CAUUCUGCACUCUCUCUUGUCUUCCUCUUCUUCUUCUUCUUCUUUCUCUUUCAUAUAGAGCUAUGCUUUCCUCAUGCUUAAUUGUUAUCGUUUUGGGACUUUCAUCUUUUGCGUGGGUUUUAAGCAAAUUUAUCUUUCUUUCAAGCUCUUAUAUUCAAUUCCAAAUCUGCAUCCCUUCACUUUUUGAGUUUAAGGGCAUCUAAUGAAUUUUUCUAGCAUUUUGUCAUAAUUUUUCUAGAUUUAGCUUAUAGCUUGUUGCUUGUCAAAACCUAAGCGAUUAAGGAUUUGGGGGAAUAAAAUUAGUCACUUGUUUGUAAUCGAAGGCCUCAUUAGCAAAAAAUUCGUAAUGUCACAAGUGUUUCUCCAAAAAAAAAAAAUAUUUUAGUUUAUUCAUGUAUAGAUGAGACCUAAAAGCUUUUGUAGCUCAAAUUUAUUCAUUACUCUCAUGUAUCUCCUCCAACUUGAAACUCCAUUUCUAUCUAAUAAUAAUUUUUUUAUCAGUUUCGGAUCCUAUAUCAUGCAAGCAAAUGGCACCUUCUGUUAUGGAGCCAACUUCAAUUAAUGGAAAGGCGGUUGUCCUUCUCCAGGGAAAUUUGGUUGUUGUGUUUGUUUUCUUGUUGUCUGUACUACUACACUAUGGGUUCUACAAGUGAUUUAGCUACUGUACAGGGGAAGCAACCUCUUUUUUCUUUUGGAGUUAUCUCUGAUGUCCAAUAUGCUGAUAUUUCCGAUGGUUACUCGUUCAUUGGUGUUCCCCGUUAUUAUCGACAUAGUAUUCAAGUAUUGCAAAGAGCAGUGCAAAAAUGGAACAACCACGGGAUGCUUAAGUUUGUGAUGAACUUUGGGGAUAUUGUUGAUGGAAAAUGCCCUCAGGCUGAUUCUCUAAAUGCUGUGAAGAAAAUAACUAACGAAUUUAGGAAAUCGAAUUGCCCCGUCUAUCACAUGAUUGGUAAUCACUGUCUCUACAAUCUUGCCCGUGAGAAAUUACUCCCCAUAUUGGAGAUUUCCAGUCCUGAUGGUCAUGCCUACUAUGAUUUUUCACCUUCUCCAGAAUACAGAAUCGUUGUGCUUGAUGGCUAUGAUAUCAGUGCCAUUGGAUGGCCUCGAGAUAAUCCUAAAACAUUAGAGGCAUUAGAAUUUCUCAGGAAGAAGAACCCAAAUUCAGAAAAGAACAGCCCAGACGGACUGCUAGGCCUGGAGAGGAGGUUCCUUAUGUACAAUGGAGCUGUUGGGGGAGAACAGAUGAAAUGGUUGGAUGAUGUACUUCAGGAUGCAACAAAGUUGAAACAGAAAGUGGUUGUUUGUUGCCAUCUGCCAUUGGAUCCUGGUGUAUCAUACCAAGAAGCACUUUUGUGGAAUUAUGAUGAAGUAAUGAAUGUGAUACACCAGUACAAUUGUGUGAAGGUUUGCCUAUCUGGUCAUGAUCACAAAGGUGGGUAUUCAAUUGACUUCCGUGGAAUACAUCACAGGUCGUUUGAAGCAGCACUGGAGUGCCCUCCUGGUACAGAUGCAUUUGGAUAUAUUGAAGUUUUUGAUGACAGGUUAAUGCUUGUUGGUACUGAUAGAAUGGAGAGCACUGAUAUGCAUUUCAAGCCCUGAACAAAAUUUCAGGAUAUGACAGUACUAAAUCAUUCUUUAAUAGAAGAGAGUACAUUAUCUUAAACAAAAGCCUCUAAAGAAAAAUUCAUUUGUCAUGGAAGAUCACACAUUCAUAUCACUUGAGCAUGAGGUUUCUUUGCAAUUACUGAAAAAGGUAUGGAUGCAAUACUCUAUUGUUUUGUAAGUGCAAGAUUUACACUGGAAUACAUUUGCAUUCAGGGUACGUUUUCUAAGGCCAUAUCCAUGUUCUCAAAUGGGUAAAUUAUGCCCUUAGCCAACGAUUAAAACAUUCAGUUAUUUAUUUAAUGCCUGAGGUUGAAAAUCUGUAAAGCAGUUUGUAUCUAUAUCUGAACAAAUAAUAGACUUAUGAUCCUUCAAAUUUUAGAGUAACCAAAGUUUAUCAUGCCA